AUGGCUCCAUUUGUUCCCUACCACUACUCGGCCGGCCAGUCGACUAUUGUUAAAUUUGGUGGUCUUCUCACCACCGAGUUCCUCGAACCUCCACCAGGUCGUUGUUUUCUCUUCCGUCAGACAUACCGCCACACCAUUGAAGGCUCGAUCCCAGAAAAUCUGCGCAAGCUCAUCAAUAGCGCCGAUCGACCAAAGGGUCCGCCUCCGCAUUUCCACCAAUUCCAAACCGAGUACUUCCGUGUCGGACAGGGAGUGCUCGGGAUUGCAGUGGACGGGGUCGUCCGCCGCAUCACUCCAGAAGAUGGCGAAAUCUCGGUCAAGGCGGGCAGUGUGCAUAACUUUUUCAUCCAUCCGGAUUCUCCCGAGAGCAUGACGGUCUACCUGAGUGCGUCAGACUCCGGGAACGACUACCAGCUCGAUCGGGUCUUCUUCGAAAACUGGUACGGCUAUUGGCACGAUGCGUUGUUGCACGACGGAGGGAUCGACUGGAUCCAGUUCCUCGCGAUUCAAGACGGCGGGGAUGCCUACACACCCGCUCCUGCAUGGGUGCCCUUUCGCCGGCAGGUUGGAUACUGGACCUGUGUAAUCAUCGGCCGCUGGAUUGGCGGACUCCUAGGGUAUAAGCCAUUCUUCCGAGAAUAUACCACGGAUUGGGACUUUGCUGUCGCCAAGAUGAAGGGUUCGUUCUUUCAGCGGCAUCUGGUGCAUGCUGCAUUCGAGGAGGAGAAAUCCUGGACGAAGCAGGUAGAGCUGGAACCCAAGGCUAAGCCUGAAAACGCUGAGUUUGAGCAGUGGACGGAGGAUAUGUCUCCCACCUCAUUGACCCUGGGCGCAGUUGCGUAUGAGCAGGUGCUUUUCAACGGCGUACAGCCCGGGUCAGCGAAUGAGUCUAAUGGUAACUCCACAGGGGUCGAGAGCAAUUUGGAGCAGUCAGGUUCUUGGACGCAGCGACGGACAGUGGUGGACAAUGCGGGAAAGUAG